AUGGAAGAGAGACGGAGAUCUCGUCGGUACAUUGCCAGUGGACCCCAUGAAGAUGAAAUGGCAAAAAUGAAGCACACUCAUGAUCUGGGAAGUACCAGAUCGUCUGUCCGCAGAAGUAUUGCAGAAUUCAGUGAGUCUGCCUCACUCCUUUUACCACUUUUGAAUCAGAAAUUCACUGUUCCACCUACUUGUUUUAACAGGAAAGUUGCUGCACGUGUGGUGCAAAAACCGGGGACUGUGGUUCACUGGAAGGACUCCCUUCGUCGAGAUGUGCUCAUGUUACCAUCAAUUAGUCACCUUCGCACAAAGCGGGCGCAAGAGAGCCAUACUAAUGAGGUGAAUGAGGUAAACGAAGUGCAUGGUGUAAACCGUGAUAUUAUCCCAAAGAGAAUGAGUGACGAUAUUUCCCUCGUGAGCUCGACUGAACAAACAGUGGCAAAUGUAGAUGCGAAUCAUAGAACAGAGGAGUCUGCACUUGAAACACUACGAAAUUUAUUUCUUCCCCGUUGGCGUCUUUUUUCGCACCUUAAACAUCGCUUCAGCCAACCUACUGUGGUUGCUCCAUCUGUUGCGGAUUCACCUCCGCGACGCCAGAGUCGAGUGAAGGAUAUGGCGGUUGAUGUUAUUCUCUCUUAUCUCCGGGCAGAUUUGGUGCGGCCGCUGGUGGAGUUCCGUCGCUGGAGGAAAAAACUCGUGGCGGCCCAACGGCUCUUCCGGCGGCACACGAUGGCCGUCGAUGCCCGCGUGGAGCUCAACUACCGCCGGCUGCGGGCGUCGGUGGAGGAAUCGUACUGGCGGCAGACCGCCGGCCGCGGGGGAGACGCCGUCGACUUCAACACCGCCGGCCGCCUGCCAGAGCGACUGCUCCGCCGCGAACUACGCGCAGCGCUCUACAGCCACAUCCGACGCUCCGUUCAACCUCCGCCGCCACAACAAGAAGAGGAAGAGGAAGAAGAAGAAGAAGAAGAAGAAGAAGAAGAAGAAGAACAUCAGCAACAGCAACAGCAACGUCAACAGAAACAGAAAGAACCACCAACAACACGGGUGACGGCGUUUCUACCUCUCUCAGUCUUUUACGCUGUUCUUGACAAUGUGUGUUACAUCACUAGCGUGUUACGCAAUUUUAAAUUGCUACGAGCUCACUUAUCUGAACGGGCAAAGGUCAUAUCAUCUUACUAG